CUCUUCUCAUUCUUGCUCAUCGCUAUAAAGUACAGUUGAACAGUGAUGGUUGUUGGUGUUGAGAAUUUUGUGGCGCCAAUUACGCUACUUUCUGAUUUCAUGCGAUUUAUUUGAUUGCUCUCGAAAAUGCCGGCGUUCCUCAAGCACAUCGACGUCGAGAACUUUAAAUCCUACAAAGGGAAGCUCACCAUCGGCCCGUUAAAGUCUUUCACGGCGGUCGUUGGCCCCAAUGGAUCCGGAAAAUCCAACUUUAUGGAUGCCAUCAGCUUUGUUAUGGGGGAGAAGACCAGCAGUUUGCGAGUGAAACGGUUUAGUGAACUUAUUCAUGGCGCAUCUAUCGGAAUGCCAGUAGCGCGAAGCGCUUCAGUGACAGCUGUGUUUGAGUUGGAAGAUGGAACCGAGAAGAGCUUCAUGCGUUCAGUACAAGGUUCAUCUUCCGAGCAUCGAAUAAACAGUACCCUUGUCACCAGUCAAGUAUAUCUUAAUGAGUUGGAGCAGCUUGGUAUUAAUGUCAAGGCGAAGAACUUUCUGGUGUUUCAAGGCGCGGUCGAGUCCAUAGCGAUGAAAAAUCCAAAGGAGCGCACUGCACUGUUUGAGGAAAUCAGUAAUUCCGGUGCGCUAAAGGCGGAAUACGAAAGACUGAGGACGGACAUGUUAAAAGCUGAGGAGGAGACUCAAUUUUCGUAUCAGAAGAAGAAGGGGAUUGCUGCUGAGAGGAAGGAGGCGAAGCUGGAGAAAGAGGAGGCUGAGAAAUAUCAGCGUCUAAAGGAAGAAUAUGUGGAGAAGCAAGUGGAGCUGCAACUGUUCCGAUUAUUUCACAACGAGAAGAGCAUUGAGAACUACGAGGUUUCCCAGAAGAAGAAGCAACACGAGAUCGAGAAGAUAGAGAAGAAGAAGGAGAAGGCCGAGGAGUUGCUGAAAGACAAGAAGAAGGACGCCGCUAAACUGGGCAGGGAUCUCGCUAAGAUAGAGCAAGACAUCAGAGAGGUGGAGGUGGAGAUCACGAAGAAGCGGCCGACGUUCAUCAAGGCGAAGGAGCGCGUCGCGCACAUGCAAAAGAAAACGGAAUCGGCGCGCAAGUCUUUAGCGCAGGCGCGCAUCGCGGACGAGGCCCACAAGAAGGACAUAAACGAGUUGCAGGAGGAAUUGCGACAGGUGGAGGAGGCUAAAGCCGCUUACGAAGCGAGCAUAGCGGGACAGUCGCAGCUGCAAGGAAGAGACGUGCAACUCGAGGACGAACAGGUUCGCGAGUACAAUCGCUUGAAGGAGGAGGCCGGCAAGCAGUCGGCCAGAUACCUCCAGCUUCUCGACUCGAUCAAUCGCGAGCAGAAGUCGGAUCAGGACAGACUGGACAAUGAGGGCAGGAAGAAAACUGAGAUCGAGAACAAGCACAAGCAGAAGGGCCACAUGCGAGACGAGGCGCUCAAGCGCGUGGAGAAGCUCGAGGAGCACAUACGAACGUCGGAGGCCGCGCUGGAGGAUCAGAAGAAGCUCAGGGCGGACUUGCAGUCCGACGUGGGCACGUCGAAGGACAAGAUCCAGAAUCUACAGCGAGAACUGGAGAGCAUCUCGGAGCAACUCGGCGACGCCAAGGUCGACAAGCACGAGGUGUCCAGGACCAAGAAGAAGACGGAAAUAGUGGAAAAUUUCAAGCGCCUGUUUCCCGGAGUGUACGAUCGCAUGUACAACAUGUGCGAACCGAUACACAAGCGGUACAACGUCGCGAUCACGAAGGUGCUCGGCAAGUACAUGGAGGCCAUCGUGGUGGACACGGAGAAAACGGCCAGACAGUGCAUCCAGUACCUGAAGGAGCAGUACCUCGAACCGGAGACCUUCCUCCCGCUCGAUUACAUACAAGCUAAGCCGCUGAAGGAACGUCUUCGCAACAUACAGGAGCCCAAGAACGUGAAGUUACUGUACGACGUGUUGCAUUUCUCACCGAAGGACAUCGACAGGGCGGUUCUCUUCGCGACCAACAACGCUCUUGUGUGCGAGACUCCCGAGGAUGCGAACAAAGUGGCGUACGAGAUGGAUAAGAAGACUAGAUACGAUUGCGUCGCGUUAGACGGUACGUUCUAUCAGAAAGCCGGUAUAAUAUCUGGCGGCAGUCUAGAUCUGGCGAAGAAGGCGAAAAGAUGGGACGAGAAACAAAUGUCUCAGUUAAAGGCGCAAAAGGAAAAAUUAACUGAAGAACUGAGAGAAUCUCUGAAAAAAUCGCGCAAGGAAUCCGAAUUGAAUACAGUGGAAUCACAGAUACGCGGCUUGGAGACUCGCCUAAAGUACAACAAAAGCGACUUGUCUGCAACGCAAAAACAAAUUUCGGAUCUCGAGGUAGAGUUGGACGGUCUGCAGAACGAACUGAACAUGUUUGGCCCUGCGAUAACUGCCAUCGAGAAAACUAUGGCGGAAAGGGAUCAAGAAAUACAGAAUAUUAAAGAGAAAAUGAACAAUGUCGAGGACGACGUAUUUGCCAGUUUUUGCGAGCAAAUCGGAGUUUCCAACAUCCGCCAAUACGAGGAACGAGAAUUGAGAUCGCAGCAGGAAAGAGCAAAGAAGAGGAUGGAGUUCGACAAUCAGUGCAAUCGCAUUUACAAUCAGUUAGACUUCGAGAAGCAACGUGACACAGAAAGCAAUGUUUUGCGGUGGGAGCGGGCGGUCCAGGACGCAGAGGAUAAGCUCGAGUCCGCCAGGCAGACCGAGUCGAACCAGAAAGCGGAGAUCGAUCACGAUGAGCAACAAAUGGAGCAGCUCAAAUCGUCCCGCAACGCUAAGAAGAUGGAGGUUGACCAGAAGGAGGACGAGAUCGGUAAAGCCAGGCGUGAGGUGGGAGCCAUAGCGAAGGAUAUUCAGGCAGCUCAGAAGCAGCUCAACGCGAUUGAAACGAAGAUCGAGCAGAAGAAAGCCGAACGACAUGCGAUUUUGAUGCAGUGCAAGAUGGAGGACAUCGCGAUUCCGAUGCUGCACGGAAACAUGGAGGACAUUGCAGACGAAACGAGCACGACGAAUGGCAGUGAGACGACUACCGAUUUGUCGAUCAGCACGCAGCAGCAGUACGAGCGCGAGAGGAAGAUCACCAUCGACUACGCGCUUCUGCCUGAAAACUUGAAGGAUGUGGAGGAAGAAGAUAUCAAGAAGACCACGGAGAAAUUGACGAAAAUCAUUAACGAUUUGCAGGGCACGAUACAGCGCAUACAAGCUCCGAAUAUGAAGGCGAUUCAAAAGCUGUAUCUGGCGAAGGAGAAACUGCAAGAGACCAACGAAGAAUUCGAGCAGUCCCGCAAAAAGGCGAAGAAGGCGAAGACGCAGUUCGAGAAAGUGAAGAAGGAGAGGCACGACAGAUUCAUGGCGUGUUUCGAGCACGUGGCGAAUGAGAUCGAUCCCAUCUACAAGAGUCUGGCGAAGAAUCAGUCCGCCCAGGCAUUCCUCGGGCCAGAAAAUCCCGAGGAGCCCUACCUGGACGGCAUCAAUUACAACUGCGUGGCCCCCGGCAAGCGGUUUCAGCCCAUGUCGAAUCUGUCCGGUGGAGAGAAGACCGUCGCUGCGCUAGCUUUGCUGUUCGCAAUUCACAGCUUCCAGCCGGCGCCGUUUUUUGUCUUGGACGAGAUCGACGCUGCCCUCGAUAAUACUAACAUAGGGAAGGUGGCGAGUUACAUUCGCGACAAAACCAGCUCGUUACAGACAAUCGUUAUAUCACUGAAGGAGGAAUUUUAUUCGCAUGCCGAUGCGCUCAUCGGAAUCUGCCCGGACGUGGGCGAGUGUCUGGAAAGCAAAGUGUUAACGCUCGACUUUACUACAUAUCCCACGCACAUCAAUUGAAAACUUACUAUUUAAAGCAGAUAAUUAUUUCUUUUUACAUACAUGUAGCGAAGUUAUACAUUACGUUAAUUAUACUUAUAGAUUCAGUUUAUUCUCGUCCGUAAAAUUUAUUAGAGAACAUUACUGAAGCUUGCUGAUAUACUUUUUAGAGGACUAGAUAAUAAGUAUCAGAAAUUACGAGUGUGAAAUGUAUAAGUUAUGUGCAGUGUGAAUGAUGUAAAUAAGUUUUAAAUUUAACUUUAAUAAAAACUUGUGCAAAAAUC